AUGCGUGUGUGUCGGCCGCGCUGCACUGCUGCCCCUGCCGUGGCAGCCCCGGCGACCACCCUGCGCUUCGCCAAGUAUCAGGGCCUGGGCAACGAUUUCAUCCUGGUGGACAACCGCCACUCGGCCACGCCCCUGGUCACCCCCUCCCAGGCGGCCAAGGCCUGCGACCGGCAUUUUGGCGUGGGUGCAGACGGCGUCAUUUUCGCCCUGCCGCCCCAGGCCCCCGACUCCGACUACGCCAUGCGCAUCUACAACUCCGACGGCAGCGAGCCGGAGAUGUGCGGCAACGGCAUCCGCUGCUUGGCCCGCUUCGUGGCCGAGCUGGACGCGGAUGCGCCAAGGCGAUACCGGGUGGACACCCUGGCGGGCCUGAUCCAGCCUGAGCUGCUGCCGGGGGGAAGGGUGCGGGUGGAUAUGGGAGAGCCCAUCCUGGAGGCCAACGCCAUCCCCACCACCCUGCAGCCCACCACCCCGGAGGGCGCGGUGGUAAAGCAGUGCCUGACGGUGGACGGCAAGGAGUGGUUCUUCACCUGCGUGAGCAUGGGCAACCCGCACGCGAUCACCUUUGGCUACCAAGACGGGACGCUCAUACAGACGGACAGCAUCGACCUACAAAGGGUGGGACCCCUCUUCGAGCACAACCCCGUCUUCCCCGCCCGAACAAACACCGAGUUCGUGGAGAUCCUGUCGCCCUCCCACGUGCGCAUGCUGGUCUGGGAGCGCGGCGCUGGCAUCACGCUGGCCUGCGGCACGGGGGCCUGCGCCACGGUGGUGGCGGGGGUGCUGGAGGGCCGGCUCGACCGCUCCUGCCGCGUGGACCUACCUGGCGGUCCGCUGGAGAUUGAGUGGCGCCAGGCGGACAACCGCAUCUACAUGACCGGCCCUGCGGAGCUGGUGUUCGAAGGCACCACCUCCAUGACCGGCGACGAGGCCUGA